AUGAGCGCGUCGCUUCUGCUCCUGGUGCUAGUCCACUGGGCUUUGGCUAGCCAUCAGCCUGAUCCGGGCAUCUUUCAAUUCACCCAUCCCAUCUAUAAUCUCAGUAUCAGUGAGAAAUGGGAACUCAACAGUCCUGCCUGGACCACGACCCCGCAAAGAGUCGGAGUUUACAUGCCCUCGGGGUAUGAUAACGUUAAGUUUAAAAUAGUGCAAGGAGAUGGAAUUUCUACUUUUAAAUUGGCCUCAAAGAGGAUCGGGAACUUUGCUUAUUUAAGUAUCUCUCUGAAAGACGGCGAGAUAUUAAACAGAGAAUUGCAGGUAAGUUAAUGAAUACAUAUCAACGUAUUUUAGGAUGAAUAUGAUCUUAUAAUAAAAGCCAGUGCAAAGAAUAAAAGAGAAGGCAACUUCGAGACCCAAUGUCUCAUAAAUAUCAAGGUCAUCGAUGACAACGACAUCCUCCCGUUCUUCCGAGAUCCCGAAUACAAAGUUGACGUUGAUAACAGAGUAAGAUAAUUCUUUGAUUACAGUACUUAUUGUAUAUAUAUCUGUUUAGAUUCCACCAAACUCAAGACUAGUCCAACUACGAGCGGUAGAUGCUGACACAGGGUUGAAUGGAGAGUUGCUGUACUCAUUGAGGGCACCUUCAGAUUUCUUUUAUGUGGAACCCAAAUCUGGAUGGAUACGCUCUUUUAAACCUCUAGUCUCGGGAAGUUUUAUUUUGACUUGUUUGGUCGAAGAUCGAUCUUCUCGGCUCUUCUUUCGCAAACGGAAUUCUGGAUUUAAUUCUGAAGUAAAUGUGACCAUCAAUGUCCGUGAAGCCCCUUCCUCACCUCCAAUUCUGAGUCAGAAGACCUUUCCUCUUCGAUAUUUCAACGAGGGACCUCAGAAGGCAGCACUUCUCGAAAUCUCUGAGAUCGACACUCAGAUCGACCUCAGUUCGGAUGUCUUGGAGAGAGGGGAUACUGUACUGCAGAGGAUCUCAUCUACUCAGUACCUAUUGUAUGUCUCCAAAAUCCAGAGGAAAUCCCCUGAGGCGGUUUCUUUGAUCCUAAAGGACAACAAGAACAAGGUGUUUACGGCCGAGAAUAUAUCACUUGUGAUGGAUUCGGAAUCCAGAAGUGUUUGGUUCAAUGGCGCAACCGAAGAAGAAACCCCGAGAAUUAAACUGAGCGUUUCCGAGAACAUCUUGGAGAACACCAUCAUCUACAGAUUCCGUGCAAACACUUCUUAUCUUCAGGAUCAAAGCAAUGUCAAGUAAGGAUGCUCGAUUUUAUUAUUUUGACUUUACUUCUAGAUACCGUAUUCAUGGGAAGGACAACAGUAAACUUCCGUUCCUUUUGGAGAGAAAUACGGGGAUUAUGAGGGCCAAGUCAUCUCUGAUUGGAAGUCACCAGAAGAUUUUCGAAUUCUCAGUUGUCGCCAAAUUGGAGAAUAUUGAUGAUCGAGCAGAAAAGGCGUUUCUUGAUGUAUUUGUGACAGUAAUCCCGGUUAAUCUGAAGUGUCCUAAAUUCACAAAUUUGCCGAUUGAUUUGUGGCUUAAUCUGAAGGAUUCCAAGCCUGGCCAGAGCAUCUUCAUUCCGAAAGUUGACAUGGAUAAUGUUAUCUUCAAAUUGAAAACAUCGGAGGAAUUUAGUGAUUACUUUAGGUUGGAUAAUGGAGCUGUGAGUAUAAUCUUAAAGUUAAUUUACAUUUUUGAAGGUUGUGUUGAACAAAUCUGUAAAUACCCCAUCCCAAUUUACAAUCCUGGCCAUGAAUAAGUGUGAUUCUGUGCUACUGUACACAUCCGCGUUACUCUCAGUUACGUUUAACUCAACUUCCAAAACACGUGCCCAUGGAUAUGUGAAUGACACUUGUUCCAUGAAGAACCUCUAUCUUCCAAUAUUCGACAAGAUCAAACCAUUGAGGACCACGGACACCGCAGCUGUCGGAAAGGUAGACUCUAUAUAAAUAUGGCUACUAAAAGAACAUAUUUUCAGUCGGUUGGAUUUGUUUCCGCCCGUGAUAAUGAUUACGGAAUCAAUGGAUUAGUCAGAUAUACAUCUCCAGAUUCGUUCUUCAAUGUAAAUUCACAUACUGGGGAGAUUACAGUAAUCCGAGAAUUGGAUGCCCUGGUUAAUGGAAGUUCAGAUGUUUAUAAACACGAGAUGUUAAUCGAAGCUACUGACAUGGCUUUUGAAGGUCGGAAGUCGGCCUUGCAGAAGGUCCAGAUCGCUGUUGAACGAAGUAAUCUGCAUGCGCCUGUGUUCGAAAAGGUAGUAACCAUUGUUUAUAUUUAGAUUUACAAUUUUAGUCCAAUUAUUACAUCCGCAUCAAGGAAGAUACUUUAAUCGAAGGAGAACUUGCCCGUGUGAAAGCUAUCGAUGAAGAUUCUGGGGCCAAUGGCCGAGUGGAAUAUCGGCUGGCAAUAGAGACUGACCUCGUCUCGGUGGAUCCGGACACGGGCGCUUUUCGAUUGGAACGUCCUUUGGACAGGGAAAUACAACCUUUCUUUACAUUCCCCGUACUUGCCAUUGACCGAGGGACUCCUCCACGACACACUUCUUGCAAUGUGACCAUCAAUCUUGAAGAUAUUAAUGACAAUUCGCCUGUUUGUCUAAAAGAAAUACACGAAGUGCAUGUAUACGAGGACCUACCCAACGGAGCUUUGAUUACUUGUCUUGCUGUAAAUGACAUAGACGACGGAGACAAUGCAAAACUGAUCUAUAAGAUGGAUAAAGACAUGCCCUUCGCAAUAGAUGCAGAGAGCGGAUGUUUGAUGUCCAAAUUAAAUGAACCUCUGGACUUUGAGGAUGUUGAUGAAUACAAAUUUAAUGUUACGGUAGGUUCUACGAGAGUUACAGUAACACUUUUUCCUUAGGUGAGCGAUCGAGGACAUCCCCAGAGAUCUACCCGAUGCCCUGUUAUCAUCCGAAUCGAGGACGUUAACGAGAAUUUGCUUCCGCCGAUCUUUACUAAAACAGUUUAUGAGGCCGAGAUUGAUGAGAAUACGAUGGAAACUACCAAGCUUGUAACUGUUAAGGCUACUGAUCCGGAAGAAAAGAAGGUCAACUACAGAAUCUCUGGCGGGGAUGGCCUUGGAUUCUUCACCGUCGACAAGGCUUCUGGAGAUGUCUUUGCUGUGGAACCAUUGAAUGCAGAGGUACAGGAGUAUUACUGGCUAGCAAUCGAAGCACAGGACGAAUCUAGGAAGCCUCUAUCCGCCACCACAUUUGUCAUGAUUAAGGUGAAAGAUGUUAACGAUCAUUCUCCAUUAUUUGGUGAGCCCGUAUAUUACGGCAGAAUUGUGGAAAAUUCGGAGGCAAACAAAGUGGUUGUCAGACUGAAUGCUACAGACAACGAUCUCACCAAUAAUACUGUGACUUAUGAAAUGGAAAAAGGAAAUGUUCAGUCCAAUUUUAUUCUGGAUCAGAAUACAGGAUUCCUGGUCACAGGAAGAAGACAUUUGGAUCGAGAGACUCAGCCAGUACAUGAACUUUAUGUAAAAGCCUGUGAUUCGUCACCAAAGCCCCUGUGCACAUCAGUUUUGGUUAUUGUUACAGUACUCGACAAAAAUGACAACGCCCCUAAGUUUAAACAGACGGCCAUUUCUUUGAAGAUUCCAGCCAAGAAGGUAGGAUUCUUGACCAGGGUCUUCGCCGAUGAUGCUGAUGAAGACGGUCCAAACUCUCUACUCACCUACAACCUUGAAGGAAAUACCGAUACCAGAUUUUCGAUCGAUGAAUACGGCAGAUUCUUUACCUCUGAGCCCAUUCUUCCCAAUGCGAUCAUCAACUUUACUGUUUCUGCUGAAGACAAUGGAGAAACAAGACUUCGAAGCGACGUCUCUGUAACAUUAACAGCUGUGGAACCCGUAUCCACAUCCAACCAUUCGAAUCAUCCGCCAAUAUUCAAAAGUCCCGAGAAAUGGCGCCAUCUUUAUGCAUCAGAUCGGGAUGCUGUAGGGACUGUGUUGGGACGAGUGGAAGUGGAAGAUGCAGAUGGAGAUCCCCUCUGGUACACCAUAACAAACACCUUCUGGAAUCCGAAUGAGACCUUCACCUUCCACGGAAAUAAUGGGGAGUUGGUGUUGGCCAGACGAGUCAAUUUAAUUGACAUUAAUCUGAAGACAAUCGAGUUGGAGAUCAUGGUAUCUGAUGGUUGGAUGGAAGUCUACGAGAAGAUCAACAUUCAUAUCACUCGAUCCCUUCAUAUCAGACCCACAUUUGAACAAACAACCAAUGAAGUUGAACUCUCGGAUGGCUUUGCUGUUGGCUAUGUGAUCCAUCAACUGCAUUCUCAGAUCAACUCCACCAACAGUGGUGUUAGUCAUGCACAGAAUAUUGUAUAUAAUAUACAUUCAAUCGACGAAAUCCUAGCCAAAGACAGCAUAAAGGUGGAUUCAGCGACAGGAUCUCUGCUGUUGGAGAAGCCUUUGACUCAAUUAAUCGGUAGAAGGUUCAACGUUGUUGUAGCGGCCAAAGUUAACGGUGGUCUGGAGAGCUUUGCGAUGGUUACGUUCAAGAGGAUCCCGGUAAACAGAUAUGCUCCGAAAUGUGUCGAUAAGACAUUUGAUUUCUAUUGUGAAGAGAACGGAGAGGUUGGAAGGGUUCUGGCAUUUGAUCUUGAUGAAGAGAUCAAUGGAGAGGUCGAGUAUUCGGUUCAGAGUGGAGAUCCCGACAAGAUAUUCAACAUCCAAAAUAAUACUGGAAUAAUUACUGCAGUAAAGCCAAUCCUGGAAAAAGCGACGAUCCUCGUCAAAGUUGAGGAUAAGGCUAAAGUAAAUGCCAAGUCUUCCAUCUGCAAAGUUAAUGUCUUCAGGAGAAAUGGUGUCUCUGCCUUAAAGUUUAAGAAGUAAGAAGUCUCAAUUGUAAAUAAACUAUUUGCUUCCUUUUUAGGGACUACAACAGACUUGCGGUUCGAACCUUAAGCUAUGUCAACGAACCCUUACUCAUCCUCGAGGCUGAUCACGAUGACUUUGUUUCUCUUGGAUCAAAGGAUUGUAAAUUGGCACAAGUUGGUUUCGGAAAUGGAAUUGUAAGACAAAAGCAAUUCCUUGGACCAAAUGACAUAGACAAGAAAAUUUGUGUUGUUUAUGGACAAAGUUAUGAUCAAAUCAUAUACAGGAACCUCACUGUAACACCAAUUGGCGAUGAUCAAGAUGUUUCAAUGGCGUAUGAACUUCAUGGAUAUGUUAGAGGCGAUGCUUUUCCUGGAACGCCCGUUUUCACGGAUAAAAACUUGACGCAGAAGCUAAGGAUACCCACUAAGGGAAAGAAACCAAGAGUGAUAUCACCUCAAGAACGUUACUUUGGUGUCGACAGCAAUGGAUUUGUGUAUACCAAAGAUCUGAGGUCGAUUCCGGGGGUAAGAGGAAAGGUCCGUUUAAAGAUUGUGAUUUUAGAUGAACUUUUGGACUUUUUUGAUCGGAAUGCAAACGUCAGAGCUUACCACUGCACUCAUAAAUGUAUAUAUUGACCUUAUUUUGGCGAAUAAAAAUGCUCCAAUCUUCGGUGACGAGCUGCAAUUCGAUUUGUCAAUACCUGCAUAUCAAGGUAAGGAAGAUUCGAAAGCUGUAAUUGUUGCAGGUACGCGGAUUGGAACUCUAACAGCAACCGAUCCAGAUGGGGAUGUUGUGAAAUAUGCCCUUCGGUCGUCUGCCGGCUUUGGGAACAAAAUCAAACUAAACCGUGACUCAGGAGAAAUUGCGUUAACAUCAGAUGUCUUAACUUUGAAGUCCAAGCAAGAAAUCCUGGAAGUAAUCGCGUCUGAUGGGAUGCACACAACCAUCCAAAGAGUCACAAUCCUCAUUCAAAACAAACACCAGACUUUGAAAUGCAGGUCUGAGUAUAUCGUGAAUGCCCCGGAGAAUUACACUUCAAGUCAUCCGAAGGAAUUACUCCAGCUAGACUGGCCGCUCAAUUCCGAGUUUGGAGAAAACUUUGAUUUUCAAAUUCUGAAUGACGAAUCAAUGACUUUCAAUCUGGACUAUCAAUUGGGAACACUGUACCUGUUGGGACAGAAUCCUAUCGACCGCGAGCGGACGUCAGAAUUAAACAUAAUUGUUAAAACAACGUCACUUCACAAGGCCGAACGAUUUUGCCACAGUAUGAUACACGUAAAAGUUGAUGAUGUUAACGAUUGCAUUCCCCAAUUCCAUCAUCUGCCCUAUGAAAUUUGGCUGUCCGAAGAUGUAAGGGAAGGCGAGAGACUCCUCACUGUAAAGGCCAAGGACGAAGAUGUUGGACUUUACGGAAGCGUGAGAUACGCCUUGGAUUCUGAUGCUGUCGAAUUUAUUGAAAUCAACAAGAUAGACGGAAAAGUAAGACUCAAAAAGAAAAUGGACGACGCUCAGGCAAACGUUGGCAAUGUAUACCGGUUUCAUGUCAUCGCUCAAGAUCAAGGUAGGUAAAUCCCGAGGAGUGAUGGCAAAAAAAUAUUUAUUAUUUUUCCUGCAUAUAAGUGUCGAAAUUAGGGUAAUCGAAGGCGUUGAUUUCAAAAAUCAUGUUAAUUUUUUUUUCUUAUAAGAAUAAGAAAUAAAUUUUUUUUUUAUAUAAAAAAAAAUAAAAAUGAAAAAAUUUUUGUAGGGUAGUAUCAGUCUGUCGGGAAAAAAACGGCGGGUCGUCGCAGCAAAAUGUCUCGCCUCGCCGCUAUCGCGCACCAAAUCCCAAGUCGCGGCUUGCAGUCGCAAAGCGAUGAUGGGCGAUUCCGAGGCGCGACGACCCGCCGUUAUUUUUCCGACAGACUGAUACUGUAAAGUAGUAUUUUUUUUUUUGAAAUUUUUUCGAAAAUACUCUUGUACUAGAAUAGCUGAAAGUCAGCUCAAGUUUUCGAUGGUGCUGAUCGAAGAUGACGCUCAUUUUUUUGAUCUUUACGUUUUUCCUUAUUUUCGAAAUCAGCACCAUCGAAACCCCUAAAUCGAGUAUUUGCGAAAAAAUCAAAAAAUCACUACUUUACAGUACUACUAGUAACGAUCAAAAAAUGAAUGUCAUUUUCAAAAUCAGUGCCAUCUACUUUUCGGUUUCUGUCUUUUUCGUCGCUUCCCGAUAUUUAUGCAGAAAAAUAACAGUACUUGUCUGUUUCCCGAAUUGACGACGUUGUGGUAAAUUCAACCACUAAAAUCAUCACAAUUUUAGGAAAUCCCCCAUUGCAAUCCAAGGCCGAGGUUGUGAUUCACAUCUCCGACCGUAAUCAGCCAAUUUUUUCGCAUACAAGAUACACUUCGAGAAUCUCCGAGGCAUCCGCUCCAGGAACGACCAUCUUCAACGUUCACGCAAAGAGUAACACCAAUGGAACCCUAGCCUAUGUCAUCUCCGAUGGAGAUCCCAAAAAACAAUUUUCGAUGGACUUCUUUACUGGUAAGAAGUUGUCUGCACUUGAUUGAAGAGGCGUAAAUGUUCCUUAACACGUAUUUUGCAGGCCGUAUCAUGGUAAAUUCGGAGUUAGACCGAGAGGAGACCCCCGAAUAUAUACUCGAAGUGAAAGCAAUCGACCUCAGUCGGAAGAGAAUGAAUGCCUCAGCUUACGUCAAAGUUACUGUCGAUGAUGUAAACGAUACUCCACCUACAUUCCUUCAACAAAUCUACCAAUUCGAGAUUCCAGAGAGUGCAUCGGAAGGGAUUCUGAUCGGCACGGUGAAAGCCAUCGAUAAAGACUUGACUCCGAAAGACAACGUCAUAAAGUACAGUAUCCACAAUGGAGAUAAAGACGUUAUUUCGAUCGACGCACACACUGGAAUGAUCUAUUUGUCCAAGAAAUUGGAUUUCGAGACAAAAAACGAAUUCGAGUGGAUUCUGAAUGCAUCGGAUUCCGAUGGGUUCACUUCGGAAGCACUUCUAAGACUGAAGAUCAAAGAUGAAAACGAUAAUCCUCCGAAGUUUGUGUCACAAGAGCCAUUAAUUAUCAUUUUGAGUUCUGACUCAACCACGGGCCAGUUCAUCCACCAGCUGGAAAUUGAAGAUCCGGAUACCGUUCUUACCUCUGUACCCUCACACGUGUUUGGUAUCGUGACGGGAGAUGAAACCAUGUUUACAUUGGACUCAAACGUUGGAAUUCUGAGAAGAACCAGAGACUUUGACUCGGAAGAACUCAAAAAUCUGAAAUUGGGAAACAUUCAAGUCUACAAUCUGAACAUAACAGUCUCAGAUGGUUUGUUCACAACUCCACUCCAAGUCAAGGUAAUCUUCAAGCCAUCGACACAGCAAUUGGAGCCUUUAACGUUUGAAUCUUUGACUUCUACAGUCGUUAUAAAUGAGAAUCGGGUAAUUCCGAACAAGACUGUUGUAAAAGCUCUCUCCUCAAUCGGUGGGAUUGCCCCCAAGACAUACAACAGCACCAUUGCUCAACCACUCCUUACUGUAAACUCCAACACCGGCAACGUCUACCUCGCACAAAGGCCUGCACGCUCAGCUGAACCAGUUUUUGUCCCAUUCCUUGUCCAAGAUGCUUACAACAACAUCGCGGUCCAAAGGAUGGAAGUAAAGAUUGAGUCAGAUAACAUAAAUUCCCCAAGAUUCAUCGCUCCUUCAGAUGGCUACAGCCUCCAUAUCUCAUCAGCAUCAAUGGAUGGGGAUCGGAUUGCCAAAAUAUUGGCCCUGGAUGAUGACGAGGAAGAUGUUCUCGAAUACUCGAUCAAUCCGACCCCAGACUUCCUUGGCUUGGAUCCCAAGACUGGCUAUCUUACAGUAAAAGGAAUGGUUCGAGUGGAAAGUAAUGAUGUGGAUGUGGAUGUCACAGUCAGCGACAGAAACAAUCCUCCUCAUAUAAGCUCGACCAAGAUUAAUAUCCAGAUAGUUGACGGGCCAGUCCCCCAGUUCUCAAGAUUUCAUUACUUCUUCUCCAUCUCUGAAGAUGCCGCCCAAGGUACGGAUAAUAACGGCAAUGUGAUCUUUUCUAAUACGUCAAAUAAUGAUGCAUUUUUUAGGUAAACUGAUCGGUCAACUGAUGGCAAGUCAAGGAGAAAAUGUCAAGUAUGAUAUUCCCCAGAGUGACAACAAAAGAAGCGUACCAUUUUUGGUAGAAGAAGAGAGCGGAAGGAUCACCUUACAACAAAAAAUCGACAGAGAAAUUGAGAAAAAGUACGAUUUUGUGGUCAGAGUGAGAGAUCGGGACCAGAGGACCGCCUUCUCCUAUGUCACAAUAAAUGUGGUCGAUGUAAAUGACAAUCCUCCCACCUUCGAAACAAACCUCAGAGAGUAAGUUUUCUGCAUACUUCGCGAAAAAGGCGGGCGCACACUUCCGGGCAACCACGGGCAGCUAAAUAGAAGAAUCGCGAGGAUUCUGCGAGCACGAUUAGAGAUCUGCCAACAACAGGAAAUCCUAACGAUUGAUUUAGCAUUCUCGGUCUUUUCUGCAAAGCGCGGGCUGGAGUCUCAUGUGUCAGAAAUUAGUGUUUUUUGUGCCUUUGGAAGCAGUAGACGGAUUCAAAUGAAUUCGCGUACGUAUCUGUACCAGGGAGUUGUCAAUGCAAAAGUUGUACCGCACUACGUAGAUUACGAUUUAAAAGUAGUAUUUCUAAUCGGAAAAUGUCGGCCGCCCUCAAAGUGGUUGCCCACAAGUGUCGCAACGUCACAUAAAAUCCGCGAAACUUCUCAUUUGGGGUAGAUUUACUAGGGACAGUUUAUACCCGUAUCGGCCCAAUGCUAUGCGGGCCAAAAAGAAUUGACAUGUCAACACAAGGGCCCAGAGCUCAAACCGAUUUUAAAAAAUAUAUAACUUAAUUUUGCAGACUUUCCAUUCGCGAAGAUGUGCCAAAGAAUACGGUAAUCUUUAUAUUCUUGGCAACUGACAAGGAUGCUGGAGAUAAUUCUAAACUUUCCUACGAGCUGAAUGAAAAUGGGCACUUUAAAAUUGACAAGGAACAAGGAUUUUUAACCGUGAAAUCUGAGUUGGACAGAGAAACCAAAGACCGACAUCAACUGAAAAUAACAGCCAGGGACGAAGGGGGUCUCUCAUCUACGUUCAACUUUACAAUCAAAGUGUUGGAUGUAAAUGAUAAUGCUCCCCAAUUUGACCAGCUCAUGUACAGGGUCACGAUUCCUCUAAAAGGCCUCAAAAUAGGACAGAAGAUUGUCGAUUUCAAGGUUACUGAUGCCGAUACAGCUGCAGUUCAAAAUGUUUCAGUAUCCGUGUUCACGCAUCCAUCGAAUAAUUACUUGGCCAUUAAUGGAUCUACAGUAAUAUUGAAGCGAAUACCUGUCGACAGAGUCAGAGUCUCAGGGAAAUUGAUUGGCUUUGAUGGGGUUUAUAGUUCGCAAGCAGAUAUUGAGGUUUGUAUUCAGUCUUCAGAUUAAAUUUAUUGAUCUAGGUGAUGUUUGUUGGGGAUCCAGAAUCGACCGAAUGUGAUGAAAAAGAAGAAAAGAUCAUACUGAAGUCGAUCCAUAGCAAUCAGUUGAUAAGAGAUCUGGGAAACAACAACGUGGUCUUGUCCAAUCAUCUGGUUGAUGCCCAGAAAUUGUCGUUCCAGAUUGUAAAUGGGAGCAAACUUAUUGUAAAAGAUGACGUCAUUCCUGGGAAUGUGAGUAAUCGAAUUUUUAUUCACGACAUAUUUUGUUUAGUAUUCUUUGCGGAUCCGUUCGAAGAUACGAAGUGUUCAUCAAGAUGCCAUUUUCUGCAUGAAACUUUUAACGAUCCAAAUUCUCAAUUACAACAAAGUUGCUCCACAAUUCUCACUUCAAGAGUACGCUGUACAUUACAAUGAGAAUCAGAGGGCGUCUGAAGACAAAAUGAACCUUGUUUUGAAACUGGAGGCGAGGGAUACUGACCUCGGAAUCUUCGGUGAUAUCAAGUAUAAUGUCGUGGAAAAAGAAAGCAUUCCAGAAGCUGCGAAGUACUUCUAUCUUGAUGAAUUUAGCGGGGCAUUAAUGGCUAAGGGUACGAUCGAUAGAGAGAAGUAUUCCAAUUUUACUCUGAAAGUGGAAGCUGUCGAUGGAGGAGGACUCAAGGAUUACGGUAAGUUCUUUCGAAAAUUACUUUGUUAUGAUUGCGAUCUGAGUUUAUGUUUGUAUUAUUUCAGCUAAUGUUCGUAUCUACAUUGAUGACACAAACGACAACGAGCCCCAAUUCGAACAGCCUGUCUAUCAUCUGAAGAUUCUGGAGAACGAGGCCAUCGGAUACGAAGUGCUACGAUUGAUUGCCCUGGACCCGGAUAACAACACUCAGCUGUCCUUUUAUCUGAAGGACGCUCAAGCCAGGAAUUACUUGUCCUUAGAUCAAAAGAGUGGUGUCCUUAAACUCUUAAAGUCGCUCGAUUACGAGGCGAUUCAACGCCUCAAAUUCGAUGUCAUCGUUUCUGAUGGAGAGCUGAAUUCAACGGCCUUGAUUGACAUAGAAGUUCUCGAUGUGAAUGAUAACAGUCCUCGGUUUGAGAGGACUAUUUACGAAGUUACUUGCAAGGAAAACACAAAGCCCGGCUCUGAUGUUAUCCAAGUCAAGGCUUCGGAUCCGGAUUCGCAGCAUUUCGGGAAAAUUUCGUACAGUAUCUCAGGAGAAGAUGCCCAGCUGUUUACAAUCACCGAUAACGGGAUAAUCAAGACAACUGGACAAUUGGACUUUGAGAAACAAAAGAUUUAUCGACUCAAUGUGAGGGCUGUUGAUGGCGGUACACCGGCCUUGAGCGAUGAUUGUCUGGUUACGGUAGUGGUUGAAGAUGUGAACGACAAUCCUCCGAUCUUCGAUAUCUGCAAUCUGACAGCAGUUAUUCAAGAGGGAGUGGAGGCUGGUCAAGCCUUGUUGAGAGUUUCCAUUUCCGACAAUGACGGCGACAAAUUUGGAGCUCCAUUCAGACUCGAGAUCACUGGGGCAGGUGCUUCUGCCUUUACUUUUGACCCUCUAAUGAAUCUGAUCACCACUCGACAGCUCUCUUACAACGAACAGAAUGUUUACAAUCUGACAGUGACUGCCUAUGACUCGGGAGAUUUAUCUUCAUCAUGUCCUCUGAAAGUUUUCGUCAAGCAACAGAGCCGACAUCCUCCACAAGUUCAGCCCCAGACCAUUCUGAUCAACACCUUGAUGGGGGAAUUCAGCGUCAAGAAUCUCGGGAAAGUGUAUGCUUCCGACAAAGACCCGGCAGAUAUGUUGCGAUAUGCACUUGUGCAGGGAGAGACCUCCAAGAAGACCCCUCAAAUCUCCGUGGAUCCCAUCCAAGGCACUCUGUCAGCUCUGUCUACAUUACUCCCUGGUCUUCAUCGAUUCAAUGUGUCCGUGACGGAUGGAAAAUACACGGUCUACACCCCGAUUACUAUAGACGUCACCAAUAUUGAUCAAGAGGCCCUUGAGAACUCGGUGAGCGUCAGAAUGGGAGGCAUCGGGAUUAAUGAUUUCAUCCAACGAUAUAUGGGAAAGCUGCAUGAAGUGUUGGUGAAGGUGUUGGGAGUGAAGAUGACCAGUAUGAGGAUUCUGGCUGUUCAAGAUGUAAUGAGUCAUCGGAAGACUAAAAGAAGCCCUGAGGCUGUAAUUGUGCCUCCUGCUGCCAGUCAAUUGGAAGUCGAGCUUCUUUUGACCGUACUCAGAGAAUCUGGAGGUUAUCAUCGGCCUGUUUAUGUGAAGCAAAAAAUAACCGAAGGAAUCGCGAGGAUUACUGCGGAAUCCGGGCUUGAGGUAGGUAACUUUUCAGAGUAUAGUAAUACAACUUUUACAGGUAACCUCUUUAACAUCCGAGAUUUGUCGUCGGGACACCUGUUCCAAAGGGGAAUGUCGAGAUCGGAUAUGGCUGGAUAAUGUAAACUCCAAUUCCUUUGACGACCCUCAGACCGGCAACUUCUACUCGUUCCCUCGAUUUCAACGGACAUUUGAAUGUAUAUGUCGUCAGGGAUUUGGAGGACGUCAUUGUGACGUUGCUGUAAACCAAUGCAGUCAGGACGAUGUCUGCAGCAAAGCGGAAGUCUGUGUUCCCAUGGAAGAUGAUCCGUCCGGCCAGGAGUGUAUCUGCCCUCCGGGUACUAAAGGAGAUCGCUGUAGAGAAAACACUUGCCCGAAUGCGGCAGAAUGCUCCCAGAAGGCAUCGUUGAGUAUGUUGGGUCAAGGGUACUUCCAAAUGUUCAUCGGCCAGUCGAUCGAGCAGAGAAUGGACAUUUCUAUCGAGUUCAAAACGGCCAGUCGGAGUGCUGUGAUCAUGCACGGAGAAGGCCUCUCCGAUUUCCACGUCCUCAGGAUUGUCGAUGGAUAUCUCGAAUAUGAAUGGGAUUGUGGAUCGGGACCCGGGGAAGUGAAGAUUCAUCAGAAAUUGGUGGAUGAUGGAAAAUGGCACACGGUGAGGGUGGUCAGAAGACGAAAACAUGUCCAGAUGAUUCUGGAUGACACAUUUAAUGGUGCUAACAGUUCGAUGGGGAUGAAUGAUGUCAUCAAUCUCUACUCCGACUCUAUGGUGCUUACUUUUGGUGCUAACGUGACUGAUAUGAAUACAAAGAAGAAGUCUUUUGACUCGUUGACGUUAUCAAUCUCCCUUCAAAGUGCUUCUGAAUUGCAUAAAAUUAUCCAGAAUGGACUUGUUGGAUGCAUUGGGAGGAUCGGACUGGAUGGAUUUGAUCUCCCCAAGACCCCACAAGGCCUCAGAAUGUACAAUGCGAGGAUUGGAUGUGAUGCCCAGUUGAUGGGACCUUGUUUGAAUGCACCGUGCUUGAACCAAGGCCAAUGUUUUCCAAAAAAGGACUCCAAUUCUUACAGGUAAGAGGAGUAGAGUGGUAUUUUAUAGUGUUUUAGUUGUAUCUGCCCUCAAAGAUAUACCGGAGUCAAAUGUGAGAUCGAUCUCAAUGCAUGUGCUAGUAACCCUUGCCCUAAAGGCAUUAAAUGUCACAAUCUCUAUAAUGACUUCCAUUGUUCUUGCCCUCCGGGCUUUACUGGAAAGACCUGUCAGAUGCAUGGAGAUUGGGAUCCGUGUGUGACAAAUCCCUGUGGCCCAUUCGGAGUCUGUCGUCGAGAGAAGGCGACCUUUACUUGUUCUUGUUCUGAUGGAUUUGGAGGAAACUUCUGUUCGGAAAGGGUACCUCAUCUCUUGCCGGACAGUCUACUCCCUGGAUCUCCCCAAUUCUACAUCCUUCUGGCCGGUGUUUUAUUGGCCCUUCUUCUGGCAGCCAUCAUAGUCAUUUUAUGUAGAAGACAGAACCAGAAUAUGAACAAAAAGAGUCAGGAUUCUGACCGGUUACCUCUUGAGGACGCUUCGGAUCCUCUGAUUGCGACUCCAGUCCCUGCUGUCUACCGUAAUCCAACUGGAGUUGGGACUGAAAAGCCUCCGCCGAGACCUCCAAGACAAAGAAAUCACAAUGCCAAUCUUCCAACUGUUGAGGUAAGAGCCUUAUAAAUAUAUUUCCUAAAAUUUAUUCUCCGCCAACCCGGAAAACAGUGUAUUCGGCGGAGACUUUUGGGCACUUUUUUGGUCAUCGCACCCACCUUAAACGCUUUUUUGUGGUUUCUGAUGGUUGAAAUGAGGAUUUUUGCUAAUUUUUGUGUUUAUCAAGCGUUCGGCGAAGGUAUGGCAGCCGCUCGCCGUACUUAACUCAGCUACGGACAAGAAAUGGCCCAACACAAUUCUUAUGGUCUGUCAAGCAUUCUCUGCAGGUGUCGUGUACCUUCCAAAAUUUUGUCGCCAAGCCUUGGCAGAAGUUUAGCCAUCGAGAAACCACUCGGUGCACUAGAAAAAAGCGAUUUUUCGCUUAAAUUUCUCUUUGCCCUGCUGUUUCAAACAUCCGCACGGUGCGCUCCGACUUUAUCGGGUGUUGCAGCGACUGCAUUGCGCCGUGCAGUCACUAUCGGAUCGCAUAGCGCUGUAGCCGGUCUUCUGAUCCAUUGUGCAAAAAAUUUGAAAACUUUCCGGACGCUUCAGUGUCACAAUAAAGCGUUAAAAAUUCGUGUGAUGACCGAAAAAGUGCCCAAAAGUCUCCGCCGAAUACACUGCUUUCCGCGUUGGCGGAGAAAAUAAUUUUCAUAGGCAAAAAACGGCCCAUCUUAUUCUUUUUCAUACAAAAAAAAUUUUUUUUGGAUCUCUUGACUGAGCGCCAAGAAAUCGACAAAAAACUUUCCGCGGAAUUUCUUGAAACACCCUGUACAUCUACUUUUUAGGUUCGUCCAAUGCCAUCUAUCCAUCGUAAUAACGUGGAGACGCCUCCUCAGCCUCCCAAACAUCGAAAUCUUUAUGAUACAGCAGCUGACCUCGAACUCAAACCUCAACCCCCACCUCAUCGAUCGUUGACUAAGAAUGAGAAGAAGAUGACUGAGGAUCCUCUGGAUACCGAUGAAGGAAGCGACUAUUUGACCAUGAAACCCGUGAAACGAUCUCCCACGACACCACCGAAGCAUCAGAAGGGCACUGACAUGGUCAAGCUGUAUGAUAAUCCCACUGAUGCCCCUGAUGGUUAG